AAUACAUGAAGUUGAGUUAUUCUUAAUUACGCUUUAUUAAAUAUUUUCUCUUGUUGGUUACUUGAGACCAGAUCAUUGAACGAACUGACUUUGCUUUUAUCACCUUCGUGUAUAUGAGAGAGAAUUGAUUGAACUACCGCAGUUUCGAGAAUUUCUGAAGCAUCAAAAAUGAGUCGAGAGCAGGCGCCUAACCCGGAAUUGCAAGCAAAAGCAGAUUCCUUGGAGGAUACUGCCAGUCGGGCGGAAGUCGCCCUCGCACUCGGCAGAUUGGGCGCAAGAGUGAGGAAAAACAAGAAGCCUAAAUCGGAUAGAAAACCAAAGUCAUCGACAUCAGCCUCAAGUUCUGUUGUCGGAGAUGACCUAGACGACGAAGAUGAAAUAAUUGUGGAAGAAUCACGAUCAGGGAAGGAACUGCAAAGUGCUCAGGAUGACUUCGACUUCGACAGCUUCGGCAACACAGCAGACCAUAAAGGACCUGUUCGGAACUCGCAAACUGUCAGCGACCACUUUUUCCACCCGGAGCAGUACGAGUCGUUUCACGACAUCGAGAGCGCCGACGCAACUGCGGGGGACAGAUCGCACCUAGUUGACCUUGACUCGAAGAGUGAAGAGACUGAAGGUCACAUUGUGGUGGAGAGUAGGGAUGGAAGGGGCAGAGGGGGGAGCGUGCUGGCGACGCACCUAGUGGAGUCGGGUGACGAGACUGAUGACGACAUGAAGUCGGCCAGGGGAGCAACUUGCUGGGGUUGUUGUUGCAGAUGGUUUGAUGAGGCCCAAAGUAGUUCGAUCAAGUCAUUUCUCGUCAGGAGCUUGAAGAAAAAAGACCAUCUGGGUUGCAAAAUGGUCCACAGUUUUCUGAUUCUGGCUUUGAUUGCUGGCGGCUGUUACUGUUACAAAAAACAUAUACAGCGAAAAUAACUUUUUUCAGAAAUACAGAACUAGAAUCCGCUAAUUUGAAAUGACAAAUUAUCAUUCAACGUUAAAAUUAAAUGCCAUGACAUACAUGUAUGACCACUAAAAUUUUCCUAAUGCUCCCAUCUAUUAAAACUUUGCUGUCUGUAUUUGGUACUCGUUUAACUAAAUUCGCCAAACUCGACUGCUAUUUCUGAGCUGCAGCUUAUGGGGGCUAUUCUCAUGUGCAAAAGACCGAACGCUCGAAAAUUCUCAACCAAUCAACGCCUUUUAAACCGUCAAAAACUCAUAAAA